CUGUGUCAGUGCCCUGAGCUGAGUGUCCACCCGGGCCGGGACCAUGCAGCUGGAGAUCAAAGUAGCCCUAAACUUCAUCAUCUCCUACUUGUACAACAAGCUGCCCCGGCGCCGGGCAGACCUGUUUGGGGAAGAGCUGGAGCGCCUCUUAAAGAAGAAAUAUGAAGGCCACUGGUACCCCGACCGGCCCCUGAAGGGCUCGGGCUUCCGCUGUGUUCACAUCGGGGAGCUGGUGGACCCCGUGGUGGAGCUGGCCGCCAAACGCAGCGGCUUGGCCGUGGAGGAUGUGCGGGCCAACGUGCCCGAGGAGCUGAGCGUCUGGAUCGACCCUUUCGAGGUAUCCUACCAGAUCGGGGAGAAGGGGGCCGUGAAGGUGCUCUACCUGGAUGCCGGCGAGGGCUGUGUGGCGCCCGAGCUGGACAAGGAGAUCAAGAGCAGCUUCAACACCCCGAGGCCCAAGGUGUUCGUGCCCGUCGCAGCCAGGACCCGCUCGCUGUCCAACUCACCCGUUCGCCCCGCCUUCGGCCAGUCCCCCAGCCCGACCCUUCAUCCCCCGCUCGGCCCCAGCCCAAUCACCUUCACCACGGCCUCCUUUGCUGCCACCAAGUGGAUCACCAAGAUGAAGAAGGGGGGUGGUGCAGCGGCGAGCAGCGCAGGGGUGGGUGGUGCUGGGGUGACGGGCCAGCAGCCCCCAGCCUCAGCUCGUCUGGCCCGAUCCCCCACCCAACAACUGCUGAAGCACAAGAGCCUCUCCCUGUCGGUGCAUUCACUGAACUUUGUCCGGCGGCCUCCGCUUCCGCAGUCCCAGCUCUCACCCAAUGCUAAGGAGUUCUUGUACAGCGGCGGCAGCUCACCCAGCCUCUUCUUCGAAGGGGCCGAUUGGCCAGGGGGCACCCCGGCCCCUUUGGGGCAGCGGGGCGGCAGGGGGCCUGCACCCGGCAGCAGCUUUGACGUGGCCCAGGUGCUUGGAGGCAGCUCCAGCAGCCUCUUCCUGGAGAAGUCGCCCUUUGUGGAGGGCCUGAGCUACAACCUGAGCACCAUGCAAUACCCAGGGCAGCCCUUUCAGCCCGUCGUGCUGGCCAACUGACCGCCAGGCACACGGAGCCAAGGGAAGAGCCACACGGCCAUCUCUCAUCUGGCACCCACUGAGAGCAGGCUGGGCCGGUUCAGGCCACGAGCCCUGAGUCCGGGCAUCCCCCCGACUCCCACCCCUGCCCCACUCCACUCUCCUGCCCGCCUGCCUCUUACUUGGUUGAUUCGGGGUUCCAAUUUCUUUUUUCUCCGUGUAGUUUUCCACAUAACGCCUUUACUGAGCGGCUUCCUGUGCUGAGAAGGGCCCAGGCAAGAGUGAGUGAGGUGCUGCUCUCUGCUCCAGGUUCCCCCACUCUGCCUACCGCUACUGCAGGGGACUCGAGAGCCUCGGCUGGGACCUGGAGGACCGCCUUGUGUCACUGCCUCUGUCGCCCCUUCCGCCAUCCAAUCUCAGCAGGCCUGCCCCCCCCCCACCCGCAUCCACUCCUCUCAGGCCCGGGGGUGUUUGUGGUCUGCUGGGGUUCCCCUCAUCUCUACCCGCC